AUCAUCAAAACCCUAGCUGGUUAGCUUCGAGAUUCCUUCCGGUGAGAAGAUAGCAGAAAGAAAUGGCUUUGUGGCGGAGUCGCUCAGCUCCAUGGAGGCUCCUCCGCCCAUUCAUCUAUCCGUCCGCCAACACCAACAACUCCAUCUCGCAUCGUAGUUUCUCCUCCUCAGUUGCUCUGGAUAUGAAUAAUCAAUCAUUGAUUGAGAACAUGAAAAGGGAGUUGCUUCAUCUCGACAUCAAUUCGCAAAUUGGAAGUUGCAUGCCACUCGGUGCUAUGCGAAUUGGAACAAUCAUCCACAACAUUGAGGUCAACCCUGGCCAAGGUGGGAAGCUAGUUCGAGCUGCAGGAACUUCAGCUAAAAUCCUGAAGGAGCCUAACUCUAAGUACUGUAUUAUCAGACUACCCUCCGGUGCUGAGAAGAAGAUUGAUUCCAAGUGCAGGGCCACGGUUGGUGUGGUAUCAAAUCCAAGCCAUGGGACUCGGAAACUCAGGAAAGCUGGACAGAGUAGGUGGUUAGGUCGAAGGCCAGUUGUUCGGGGAGUGGCAAUGAAUCCAGUUGAUCAUCCCCAUGGUGGCGGUGAGGGUCGAAGCAAAAGUAGUGGGAGCUUUGGUAGGGUUUCACAAACUCCUUGGGGCAAGCCAACCAAGUGUGGAUACAAGACUGCAUCUCCCAAGCGUAGAAAGUAGUCGUUGAUCAUCUUUUUUGUCAUGAUCCUUUUUCUCUCAUGUAGCUCUCAUAACAACAAUUAUGAUAUUCAUAAAAGCUAUUGAGGGAUUUCAUUCUUGUAAUUUAUGCUUUAAUUUAACCUGUAAGUUAAGUUCGACACCUUUCUUCAAGUUCUAGAAUUCUACUACUUGACAAACUUUGCAUUUGUGGGGAUACUCUGUCUCUCUUGAUUGUGGUUGUGGUUUUUGGUGUGGCUGCUGGAUUGGUUCUUUGAUGCUCCUCUUGAAUCCUCAUUGUGUCAAGUAGGCAUGUAUCCUACUAUAGCAGGCUUUUGGUGUUUGUUUUAAGCUAUAAAGAUCCUUUUGCAUUGCAUGAACUCACACUUGUAAUUUUGCUACUUUUUCAAAGCUUGAAGGAUUUGUCAUGGCCAUAUUGCACUUUUCAUAAAUCUUAGAAAGGGAUUUCGUUUUGAGGAUAGGAGAAUCAUCAUCUACUUCAUCAAUUUUUGAACUUGAACCAUGAGCUAUAAAGUCUAUCGCAGUGU